AUGGUACCCGGUGGAUACAAAAGGGGCCGCAAAAACACAAUCGACGAACAACUACUAACUGCAGACGCCGGCCAGGAACGUCAAAUCGGACGAAAGGCCCAGACCAGCAACAUUACUGCUGCAAAGGCUGUCGCCGAUAUUGUGCGAACGUGUCUUGGUCCCAAGGCCAUGCUUAAGAUGCUUCUCGACCCCAUGGGAGGUAUCACCCUAACCAACGAUGGUCACGCCAUUCUGCGAGAGAUUGAGGUCACCCAUCCUGCAGCCAAGUCCAUGAUCGAGCUGUCUCGAACCCAGGACGAGGAGAUUGGAGACGGAACCACCACCGUCAUCAUUCUUGCCGGAGAGAUUCUCGCUCAGACCUUCCCCUACGUGGAGAAGAACAUUCACCCCGUUGUCAUCAUUGCCGCCCUCAAGGAUGCACUUGCUGAGGCUCUCAAGGUUGUAGAGGAGAUUUCUGUUCCCGUUGACGUCAACAACGAGGCUGCCAUGAAGAAGCUCAUUGCCGCCUCCAUCGGCACCAAGUACGUGUCCCGAUGGUCCGAGCAGAUGUCCUCUCUGGCUCUCAAGGCCGUCAAGACCGUUGCUGUCGACAUUAACGGCAAGAAGGAGGUUGACAUCAAGCGAUACGUCCGAGUGGAAAAGAUUCCCGGAGGUGAGAUUGAGGACUCCCGUGUGUUGGACGGUGUCAUGAUCAACAAGGAUAUCACCCACCCCAAGAUGCGACGGCGAAUCGAGUCUCCCCGUGUGGUGCUGCUUGACUGUCCUCUCGAGUACAAGAAGGGUGAAUCUCAGACCAACAUUGAGAUCAGUAAGGAGGCCGACUGGAACCGAGUGCUGCAGCUGGAGGAGGAGCAGAUCAAGGCGCAGUGCGAGGUGCUGCUAUCGGUAAAACCCGACCUGAUCAUCACCGAGAAGGGUGUGUCUGAUCUGGCCCAGCACUAUCUGCUUAAGGGCGGCUGCAGUGUGCUUCGACGAAUGCGAAAGAGCGAUAACAACCGAAUCUCACGAGUCACUGGCGCCACCAUCGUCAACCGAAUCGAGGACAUCAAGGACUCCGACGUUGGUACUCUGUGCAACCUGUUUGAGAUCUCCAAGAUUGGUGAUGAGUACUACACAUUUAUCACAGGCGAAGACCCCCAGGCAUGCACCGUGCUGCUGCGAGGACCCUCCAAGGACAUUCUCAACGAGAUUGAGCGAAAUCUGGCUGACGCCAUGGCUGUGGCUCGAAACGUCUUCUUCGAGCCCAAGCUGGCUCCCGGAGGAGGUGCUACAGAGAUGGCUGUGUCCGUGCGACUGGCCGAGCAUGCCAAGACCAUCGAGGGUGUUGCACAGUGGCCCUUCAAGGCCGUGGCUGAUGCCAUGGAGGUGAUUCCCCGAACCCUGGUUCAGAACUGUGGUGGUAAUGCCAUUCGAACUCUGGCCACCCUGCGAGCUAAGCAAGCCGAGGGUUUCUCCACAUACGGCAUUGACGGUGACAACGGAAAGGUUGUUGACAUGAAGGAGUACGGCGUGUGGGAGCCUGCUGCCAUCAAGCUGCAGAGUAUCAAGACCGCCAUUGAGUCUGCUUGCUUGUUGUUGCGAGUCGACGAUAUCGUGUCUGGAGUUAGAAAGAAGGGCGAGUAA